GCUCAGCUGUCAACACACACGUUCAUAUGAAAAAGGAAGGAAGGACUGAAAAACAGUGGAGAGAGAAAGAGGAGGGCAGACAAAAGCCCAAAAGCCUCAGACGUGUGACCAGCCAGUUUAUGCUGCACGCCGGUUCCCAAACGGUCCGCCAAUGGCCAUGGGUUCGUCAACAGACGAGGACUUUAAAGAAAAGCUGCUGUGGAACGUGAAGCGGGAGGUGAAGCAGAUUAUGGAGGAAGCGGUCACCAAGAAGUUUGUGCACGAGGACAGCAGCCACGUCAUCGCUCUGUGCAGCUCAAUUGAGGCUUGCCUCGGCCACAUGCUGAAGCGCCGGGCUGCGGGCUUUCUCCGCAGCGAUAAGAUAGCCGCCCUCUUCACCAAGAUCGGCAAGGUGAACACUACAGCAGGAGAGGUGUGCCGCAAAGUCCAGGAGCAGCUGCAGCAGCAGGCCGAGAUAACCAGGAGGGCGCAGAGCACAGGACCAGAGCCCCUCCGUAGGCAGGGAUCCACUGCAGGUCGAGGGCCACAGCCACUCUCCGCCCAAGCCAUCAAGCACAUUUGGGUCCGCACCGCCCUUUUUGAGAAGGUCCUGGACAAAAUCGUGCAGUAUAUUGUAGACAACUCAAGUAAGUAUUAUGAGAGGGAAGCCCUGAUGCAUGACUCUGUGUUUGGCCCAAUCCUAGCAGCGCUACUGGUUGGGCCCUGUGCUCUGGAGUACACCAAGCUGAAGACGUCAGACCAUUUCUGGACGGACCCCUCAGCCAACGAAUUGGUCCAGAGGCACCGUAUCCAUGGAGCCCACCGGGGUCAGGAGGCCUCACCCAGCCGCAGGCCUGCUCUGGGGAUCCGGAAGAGGCAGUCUAGCGGGAGCAUGUCUGAAGAUAAGUUUGCAGCUUCAGCGAGGGAGUACGUGGAGUCUCUACAUCAGAACUCGCGUAUACAUCUGCUUUAUGGAAAGAACAAUGUGCUUGUUCAACCGAAGAAGGACAUGGAAGUGCUAAGGGGUUACCUGUCUCUGCAUCAGACCGCUGAGACACUCACACUGAAAUGGACACCCAACCAGCUGAUUAACGGCACUCUGGGGGACUGCGACCUGGAGAAGAGUAUUUAUUGGGACUACGCGCUGACUGUGCCUUUAAGACAGAUCGUCUGCAUCCACUGUCACCAGCGGCCGGACUGUGGUGGUACUCUGGUGUUGGUGAGUCAAGACGGCAUCCAACGGCCGCCCCUGCACUUUCCUCCUGGGGGCCACCUACUGGCUUUCCUGUCCUGCUUGGAAACAGGACUGUUGCCCCGGGGUCAACUGGAGCCCCCGCUCUGGUCCCAGAAGGGCAAGGGUAAAGUCUUCCCUAAGCUGCGGAAGAGGAACAGCACGGCACGCUUGGUGGAUCAGGAUGGGGAAGGGGAGGAGCCAGUUGCUGCAGACUAUGUUUUCCGCAUUGUUUACCCAGGACACCGCCACGAUUCCAUCACUAUAAACUACCACCACACCACGGGCAGUCGUGCGCCCUCUCUGGACGACGAUGAGGAGGAGGAAGAUAGACUUCACGCAAUGAUCUCAAUGAUCUGCUCACGGAACCUCACAGACCCUAAUGUCAUGAAAGACCACGGGGACAUGAUGGAGAUGCAGGCUUUCGGAGGCAGCCCGUCGUCAUGGCAGCAGGCCGAGUGCGCUAGUCACGUGUCGUCAUGUCUGUCCUGCUCCACUGGGGGCAGUAACGCCUCUGUGGAGCUUCCUGCAGGAUGCACCUGCAUGCAUGACCGAAUUCCACUCAAAAUGCUGUGCCACAAUAUGAAGAGGCAGAUCGUCUCCAGAGCCUUCUAUGGCUGGCUUGCAUACUGUCGGCAUCUGUCCACUGUGAGGACACAUCUGUCAGCGCUGGUCAACCACAACAUCGUCCCCCCGGACAAACCUUGCGAAGCCUCUGGAGGCCUCAGCAAAGACGUCUGGAGCAAAUACCAAAAAGACUGCAAGAACUAUAAGGAGCUGGAGCUGCUGCGGUUGGUUUAUUAUGGAGGGGUGGAGCAUGAGAUCAGGAAAGAGGUGUGGCCCUUUUUACUGGGCCAUUAUAAGUUUGGCAUGGGCAAGAAAGACAUGACACAGAUUGAUGAGAAGAUAGCUGCCCGAUAUAAGCAAGUGAUGCGAGAGUGGAAAGCCUGUGAGGUCAUUGUGAAACAGCGAGAGAAGGAGAUGCAGUCGGCCAUUUUCGCCAAGCUGUCGUCAGGAAGCAGCAUCGACAGCCAUGUCAUGAGGCUCAUCCACAGAGACUCCACCCUCAGCAACGAGGUGUUCAUGUCAGUGGAUGAGCCUGAUGGGGCGGGCCAGGACACCCCCCAUGGAGGGGAUAACACCCCCACCAUGAGCACGGUAGUCAACCCUGCCGCUCUGGCUCCAGAUGAUCGGCCGCUUGUUGAGUUUGACUCUCCAGACUCAGGCCUCCCCUCUUCCAGGAAUUACUCAGUAGCUUCAGGACACUCCCAGAUCCUGUCCAGCAUUGAGGACGGGCAAAGCAUGGAGGAGGAACCAGGAGACGACACCACGCCCAGAGGAGAGCAGAGUGGGCGGGACUCACUGAGUGAGGACAGGCUAUGCAGUCAGCUGGACAAACUGGUGACUGAUAGCGAGGGUGUUCCACCAUCCUUCUCCUCGUAUACGAUUGAGCUGUUGGAUACAGUGGCUCUGAACCUGCACAGAAUAGACAAGGAUGUGGCGCGCUGUGACCGCAACUACUACUACUUCACCACCAGCAACCUGGAGAAACUGCGUAACAUCAUGUGCAGUUAUGUGUGGGAGCAUCUAGAGGUGGGCUAUGUGCAGGGCAUGUGUGACCUGUUAGCCCCUUUGAUGGUCAUCUUGGAUGAUGAGUGCCUCGCCUACAGCUGUUUCACUCAGUUAAUGAGGAGGAUGAGUCAGAACUUCCCCAAUGGAGGAGCCAUGGACACUCACUUUGCCAAUAUGAGGUCCUUGAUACAGAUCCUUGACUCAGAGCUGUUUGAGCUGAUGCACCAGAACGGAGAUUACACUCACUUCUACUUCUGCUACCGCUGGUUCCUGCUGGACUUCAAGAGAGAGCUGCUCUAUGAAGAUGUGUUUGCAGUGUGGGAGGUGAUCUGGGUGGCGCCUCAUAUCUCCUCCCAGCACUUUGUGCUCUUCAUUGCGCUGGCUCUGGUGGAGGUGUACCGAGAAAUCAUCCGUGACAACAACAUGGACUUCACGGACAUCAUCAAGUUUUUCAACGAAAUGGCCGAACGGCACGACGUCCAGCACAUCCUGAGGAUAGCGCGCGAGCUGGUGCAUAAGGUGCAGACGCUUAUAGAGAACAAGUGAGCUGAGCGAGGGUGAGAGGAACCGCACCAAAGCUCACUCCCAGCUCCCAGCUUCAGCGCCCUGUUCCUCAUCACCCCCUCUCUCCAGAGUCCACUCGGAGGGAGAGAGGGAGGGAGAGGGAUGGAGAGCGCACUCUCUCUUUCUCUCUGACUCCACUGGGGUAAAGCGAUGAGACUGCCCGGGACCUGCUGCUGGCCUUAGAGGCCUGGACAUGUCCUCUUUUGGUAUCCUUUGCCUGUCACAGAAUGCCAUUGUGUCAGACCUUUGGAGUUGUCUGCAUGCUUGUGGGAUUUGAGCACACUGUGACUGAGU